AUGCCUCAAGAGGACCCAGUUCUCGUAGGGUUUGACCGCCUUAUCAAAAAACACGAACCAUUAUACUCUGAGCCGUGGACGUUUGGUAUCAACUCUCUCGACGGAGCGUUCUCAGCCCUCUCUCUUGAUCAAGUCAGAGCACACAAAAAACUCUUGGAUUGGAUGCACCGUUCCCUUCUACCACGACUCAACGAGCAGAUCCGGACCCUCGCAAUAUUACUGCUCCCAUCGGAUUACUGGAAAAAUCCAAAGGAAACGCGCAAACUCAUCUUACAAGUCCAGUCGGAACUCGACAACACAACAGACGCAAUCAAAUCAAUCAUCACGAGCAUCUGUCCAACAUCUACAGGGCUUGCGCAAGAGCGAACGGAUGAUCAACACCUCAAAGGUUUAAAAUCUUUUAGGCUCCAACUUCUCAAGCCCCGCAUUCACAAUGAUUUGCUGUACCAUAUCAACAAGGUUUUUUCUCUGGCUCAUGAGCUCUUUCAACAAAUCAAGCUCGCACCGGACGCAGUCAAGCCCGAUAAAUUUGACGGAUGCUCUUACCGAAACGAUUUCAUCAAGGACGCAUGGAUUACCUUUCGCGGGAUUGAUUUAACUAUCAAAUUCAUGGAAUCGUCUGAGCUCGAUCUUGCCCAAGAACAAUGGGUUUUCCAGUUUGCUCAAUUGGACAAGACGAUCCGGGGCAUCGUGCGCACCGCCAACCAACUCCAAAGCAAACAAAUAAAUAACCCGAAAAAUCUGCAAGUCAGGAAAGCUGCCGAACUCGCUAGAAUCGCAAUACCGAUGACCAAGUUAAUCAAAAUGUUCUUCAUCAAGAUUUCGAAAGAAGGGAUCAAUCAAAGACGCUUUCCAACUUACACGAAAAUGAGUUCGCAACAGAUCCAGUCUCUAACUCAUUCGCUUGACACCUCCGGUGAAGAUCUCCUCGCGCUACAAUCACUGCUUUCAAGAAUCGGAGGAAGCGGGUUUGGCGCUGCGAAUAGCCGUGAAGCCAUGCAAAUCGCCAACAAUCUCAAAUCUCGUGCCGAAACCACUUUAUCCCUUGUACUCUUGUACUGCGUUCCUUUGAUCAAGAACACCGACGGUUUCGAAUCACGUGAAUAUUACAAAACUUGGUUUGAUACUUGGAGCGCCGCCUUUGAUUUAGCCACUCGUAACUUUAAAUCUCUCGCCAAAUACUCGACUUCACUCUAUGAUCUUGAUUAG